AUGUCCACUGCACCUAUUGUAUUGAAUGUCGGUGGAACGAAGUUCUCAACGUCAGAAGCGACCCUCAAAAGUCGCCCAGCAAGCGAGGACUGCUUUUUCACAACACUGGACUACUCGAAGGGCGAAGUGUUCAUCGAUCGUGAUCCUACUCUGUUCAAGUAUAUCCUCAACUACCUGCGAGAUGGCCGAAUGAUGUUCCCAGACGAAUGCCCUCACAACAGCGUUACUAUUUCAGGAGGCGAAGGUUUGUUGAAUUAG